AUGGUGGAACUAUGCGAGCUCCAUAUGAUGCCCGACGACGAUCAAUGGCCGGAUGACAUUGAUGCGCGAAUCGCGGCACUCAAUUUCUGUGGUGAGGAUUCUAUGCUUUUUGAGUCCGUCGACCCAUCGGUCUCCACGGAUUCACUGGAUUCCACGCAGUUUCGAGAACGGUGUCAAAUGAAGAAAGAGGAUUUCCAACUGGCGUUCGCCGACUCCGGACACUGGCAGAGUGGGAUUAAUGAGAAUCUGACGACGUGGGGAAGAAUCAGAAGUUCGGAACCGUUGGAUGAGCGGACCGCUAGUGCGCCGGAUGUUUGGAAUAAUAAGAAGUUGGAGUCAAUAAAUUCGAACCCCCGCCCCAACUCCCUGAUUGCCAACUUUGUGUCGGAUACUUCUCGUUUCGUUGAUGUCAAUGACAAUGAGAUACGUGAAGCGAACGAGGAAAUUAUACGGAAAGAUCGCUGGCGCAGGGAUUCCGCUAGACGCUGCUCAUCGGGAGGUCAGAAACGGACAUUUGCGGAUAUUCUGGAGAAGAAUGCGGCGGAAUCGUUGCCGGCGGAGUUGGUGGAGGAGAAGAAGGGGAAGCCGGCGCCCAAGUUGGAGUUUUUGGCAAUGCAUCAUGAGAUGCCAUCCCUAUGCGAGUCGUUCACAGCGUCAUUCCGUGACGCCAUCAUCAAAACCCAAAAAGGAGAACCCCUGCCAUCAAUCACCUCUACCAAUGAUUUUCCCCUCUUUUUCCAGGAAGACUCGCCGGACUCAGGACUUGGAUGCAGUGGACCAAGCCACAUUGAAGAUUGGCAAUCGCUCUCAGUGCUUCUGCCCAAACACGUCGCAGAAGCUUGCUCAUUUUUCAAAAGUAACACCCAACUCCUCACAUCGUCAAUCUCCAAACCCCAUAGCCAAUCAUCGAACGUUCUAUCCAAUUGCAUCGAUCGCCGAGCACCCGGAAUUUCAGCGUCGGCUAACGAGGCGUGUCGUACAUGCUAUCGAGUGAGACGGAGGAUACACCCACCAAUCUGGGCUCAAACCGCACAAACCAAGACAGUCCUAUGCGAUUGUGCCGCCAACCCGACCGACACCAAUUUCUCGUUUGCUCCAACGACCUCAACAACCCGUCAUCAAUUGCGCGCAAAGGAGCUCUCAAUUGUGGGUUUGCCGAUUUACGCGGCGAAACGGACACUGGUGGAGAAUGUCGUCGAAGGGGUCGCCACGAUUUCGCGCGGUGACGGAAGUGAUCUACUUGUGAUCGCCAUGCGAUGCCUUAUCGAAGACGGUCUCCUUGAAGGAGUCUCCGCGUGGACUAUGAUCCGAACGGUCACGUCGAAAGGUCCCGCCACGAAAGACGUGCAUUCGAUUGUUAAGCAGUUGGAGGAAUGCUCAAAGACUGAUAACGUCAAAGUGGAAAUCUUCUUUGAGGAGCUUAUCAGAGAAAACUCGCUGGACUGCUGGUUGUGCUACAUUGUGCUCAAGGAGAAAGUGCUCAAAACUUUAUACUCGGAUAACUCAUUCUUACUAUCCGCUAGCGCAGAGUACCGUACCCUCUUGUGGAGAAUGGUCGAUAGUUUGUCACUAUUGCCAGUAAUCGAAGCACGCAGCGACUCGAUGACUAACACCUACACAAAAUCCAUGCAACAAUGGGGCGGAGCUUCGAGGAUAGCGUCGGACUCUAGGGUACCGAAGAGCUCUUCGGUGCCCGCGAGAUUGGCGACUGCGCCGUCGAGAAGAUCGAGGAUACCACUGUCGACGAGCCGCACCAGCGCCAUCAGCUCAACCACCUCCACUCCACGAACCCCAUCCUCCUCGUCACGAAUCCGCGUGGCUUCUGUCAUGGGCGCCUACCAACUCGCCAAUUUCUCCCUAUCGGACGGAGAAAAGGUGCGUGUACUGUCGACACGUGGCGGACUUGCGCGUUACGUAUCCGGUUAUAAGAUAGCGGUGCCCGCCAACCUCAUCGACGAAAUAAACCCUGUUCUGGAAUUCGUGGAUUUCCGCGUUCAAGUCAUUCCAUAUGAAACUAAACCGUUGUGGAGAAUUAAACAGGAAAUUUGCAAUUGCUUAGCCCUCGGAGCCUCUGCAAUUAUACUCCCGGAGCAAUAUGAAGGGCAUAUGGCAGCAGCGGCGAUUGUGCAGGUUUGUAAAUGA